CAGGGUGGGAUCAGUAGGGGAGGGAAUAGACUGGGCUGCCUUUUGUUUAAAUAGGUUCCUCCAGUGAGCCUCACACCACAGUUGGAUAUCUACAGACCUUCUCAGGCUUUGAAUUUGCUGCAUAUAAGAUUCAAGCAUGAAAGUCCUGGCUUUGGUCGUCGUCAUUGUGGCCAUCAGCGGCAUGGAAGCUGGUUUGGUGAAGAGGGAAGCCCCAGCUAUCCCUAACCUAGACGAAAUUGCCAAUCAAUUUCAAGCCUUUGCAGAAACCUUCAAAGACAAAGUUCAGGAAUUGGUAUCCAAGAUCCAAAGCCCUGAGGUCCAAUCUCAAUACCAGCAAUACCUGGAACAAUCAAGAGCCCAUGUCGAACCUGUCAAAGCCCAGGUGGAAAAUUGGUUUACCGAAUUACUUGCCAAAAUCAAAAACAGUGCUUAAACUGUAGCCAGUAUCCAGAAAUGAUCCUUUGACUUCUCAAAAACCUCUAGAAUAAUUUUACAUCAAAGUUCUCUCUUCUUAACUGUAUUUCUGUUUAUAUAUUCUUUGUUGUGAUUACAUUUUUUGUAUAACAAACUUGGA